GCGCCGACGCCCCAACCAGUAGUAAAUCUUCUUCUGAAUCUUCAAAGUUUGCAGAGAGAAGAAAUUUCUUCACAGAACUGUAGAGAGAGACUCUGCACGAAAGGAUUCAGCUUUCUCUUCCGACAACUAACGAAUUCUGUUCUCUGGAAGGCACAUGAAUGGCGUGGAGAGAGAUAAGAAAUAAGGGUAUCCAUCCCAAGGUUCUAAGAGCUUUCACAUCAGCCACUCUAGGCGAAGGAGUGCAAUCACUUUCUGUUUCUGGAAGGGGAAUACCUGCAUUUCUUGGUACUGAAGAUAGCGGAGUUUCAACCAGACAGAGUUUUAUUCGUCGAUUUCAUGCAACCCAUGAACUAUAUAAAAUCAAAAAAACUGAUCAGGGGAAGGAAUUCGCCACUAGACUUACAAGGGUGAAGCCUGUGAAAAAAGUUCGGAAACCACCUGUUGAAGCUCGAUAUGUACCUCCAAAACCUAAGAAGACUUCGGCAUCCAUGGCCAAUAGAAUUGUUGAAAUUUUCGAAGGAAUGACUAUUUCUGAGCUUGCCCAGCGUACUUCUCAACCAAUUUCCACUCUGCAAGAGAUCCUUGUCAAUGUCGGGGAAAAAGCCGAUUCGGAAUUCGACCCGAUCAGCAUCGACGUUGCGGAGCUUGUUGCUAUGGAAGUUGGGGUUAAUGUUAAAAGGCGACACUCUGAUGAAGGUGCAGAUGUCCAACCACGACCACCAGUUGUAACAGUAAUGGGUCAUGUUGAUCAUGGUAAAACUUCUCUUUUAGAUGCUUUGCGCCAGACAUCUGUGGCAGCCAGGGAAGCUGGGGGCAUCACGCAACAUCUGGGUGCUUUUGUCGUGGAAAUGCAAUCUGGAGCAUCAAUCACUUUCCUUGACACUCCUGGUCAUGCUGCAUUUAGUGCGAUGAGGGCAAGAGGAGCUGCUGUUACAGAUAUUGUAGUGCUUGUGGUAGCAGCUGAUGAUGGUGUGAUGCCUCAGACCCUAGAAGCCAUGAACCACGCCAGAGCAGCUAAAGUACCCAUUGUAGUUGCUAUCAACAAAUGUGAUAAACCCGCUGCAGACCCUGAAAGGGUAAAGACUCAGCUUGGUUCCGAGGGCUUGCCACUAGAGGACAUGGGAGGAGAUGUUCAAGUGGUUGAGGUAUCAGCAGUCUCUAAGAUUGGUUUGGAUAAAUUGGAGGAAGCUCUGCUUCUUCAGUCUGAGCUGAUGGAUCUGAAAUCGCGUGUGGAUGGGCCGGCACAAGCUUAUGUAGUGGAGGCAAGAUUAGACAGAGGACGAGGUCCGUUGGUUACUGCAAUAGUUAAAGCUGGAACUUUAGUCUCUGGUCAACAUGUGGUUGUUGGUGCUGAGUGGGGGAGAAUUAGGGCUAUCAGGAAUAUGCUGGGGAAGACGAUAGAUAUGGCAAAACCUGCUAUGCCUAUUGAGAUUGAAGGGCUUAAGGGGCUUCCGAUGGCUGGUGAUGAUAUUGUUGUCGUGGAUUCAGAAGACAGAGCAAGGAUGCUUAGUUCAGCCAGGACAAAGAAAAAGAAGCAGGAUAGGCUUCACAAGAUAGAGGAGGGGAGAAUUGAUGCUCGUGAAGUGGAGGAAGGGGAAGGUGAGGAGGAAGACGAGGAGUGUAAAAAGCCACAGAGGAUUGAUUUACCGAUAGUAGUCAAGGGAGAUGUUCAGGGAACUGUCCAAGCUGUUACAGAUGCUUUAAUGAAUCUAAACAGUGCUCAGGUUACUGUCGAUAUUGUCCAUGUUGGUGUUGGACCCAUUUCUCAAUCUGACGUGGAUUUGGCCCAAGCUUGCGGUGCAUGUAUAGUAGGAUUCAGUGUACCAAAACCACCCAAUUCUAUUACUGUCGCAGCUGCACGAGCCCAUAUAGAGAUAAAGAUGCACCGUGUCAUCUACCAUCUUCUGGAGGAUAUUGGGAAUUACAUUGUUGCUAAGGCCCCAGGUACUUUCGAGACUCGUGUAGCCGGUGAGGCCGAGGUUUUGAACAUUUUCGAGAUUAAAAGAGGCAAAACUAAGGGAGGAGAGGUGAAAAUUGCUGGUUGUAAGGUGAUUGAUGGCCUAGUAACAAAAUCAUCGGUAUUGAGGCUGUUGAGAAGUGGACAGAUAAUUUUUGAAGGCUCGUGUGACUCACUGAAACGAGAGAAGCAGGAUGUGGAAACUGUUGGAAAGGGAACUGAGUGUGGUGUUGUGAUAUGCGGUUGUGAUGCGGUUCAGAUUGGAGACGUCAUCCAAUGCAUGGAGCAAGUCAACAUAAAACCGAAGUUUGUUUCAUCAAGCGGUUCAGUUCGAAUUGAAUGCUGAUAUAUCAUUGUGAGAUGAAACAAUUUCAUCACCAAUUAUUUUUGAUCAAUUUCGUAAUGAUUUAUUGGUACAACAGAAGAAAAGGUUUGUCUGUUAAAGUAAACCCUCUACAAUUUGCUCAUGUAUAUUCUGAUAAUUAAGCAUGGGCUUUCGGUCCAGAAGCCAUCGUGACAGGAUGAAAUGAAGGGGGAGAUGGUCAUUUUUCAGAGAGAAUAGAGACAAUUUUGUACUUAGUUUAUAUCAAUACUAGAAUGUUCCGCACGGGCAAAGAAUUAA